AUGGAUUCCUACUAUUAUGAUGGAAUGGACAUCUCAAAAAAGCCAAAUGCAGGCAUAAAGUUUAUCCUACGCGUAUCUCCACAGGCGCUUGCUGUCAGUGGAGCAAAAGGUUCAGCAAUAGCUAAUCCAAUUUCAUAUGUAUUUAUAAAAGGAGGAGAAAAGAGCUCAAUAAUCCACGACCCUACAGCAGCCGCUGUUGCUGGCCCCGGGGGAAUCGCACAUGCACUUGACUCCACUCAGUAUUUGCCGUUUUACGGAGGAGCUAAAGGCCAAUAUUUAGAAAUAAGAAAGGACACUCGGGGAUCUAUCCUCAGUGAAAGGAUCGUUCCAGAAGAUAGUAUUUCCAAUGAGAACAUUUUCAAAGCCACCGAAGGAAAUCUUCAGGCGAAAAUGUUUCAAGCAAACUUAGCACAGCUGAAGUCUUUGUCAUCUAGUGUCCUAAGGUUGUACAAUUUAGGUAGACGCCUAGGCUACCUUGGCGAGCGAGAGAAGGAAAGAUUCGAGACACAAUUGGCAUCCCUGGAAGAGACCGCGUCCAACACAGUAAAAAUUGUCGACGAAAUUGGUGACGAUGUGGAUGUGCUAUUCAAGAAAAGCAAGCCAGAAUCUACUACUACUUCGACGACUGCUGCAGCUGAGCAUUCCUCUUCCGUACCCGCACUUAGAAAAUAUCAAGACAAUUAUGAUGAGGAUGAUGUUGGAGAAGAAGGUAUCAGUGUUGGCGCACAGGCUGAUGAUUCCAAUGAAAAUUAUGAAGUACAUGAAAGAAGAACGAUUUCUGAAGCUAAACCAAUCGGUCUAGCAGUGGUCGGCGAAAACGGGGUAGCAGCAUCACGGCCAAUAGGUACUGCGGUAGCAGCGUCUGGAGUGGCCAUCGCUAGGCCCAUUGCCACCGCCAUAGCAGGCCUAGACCCAACACUUCUUGGCAUUGACUUCCAGCUAAACCAUUAUCAGAAAACUUUUAAGAUUAACAAGAAAACAUAA